GCUGCCGCCGCCGCGGCGCCUCUUCCCGCCGGCGCACCAUGCCGGCCGACCUGAUGGAGAAGAGCAGCGCCUCGCCGGUGGCCGCCACCCCCGCCAGCGUCAAUGCGACGCCCGACAAGCCGAAGACGGCGGCGGAGCAUCGCAAGUCCUCCAAGCCCAUCAUGGAGAAGCGGCGGCGGGCGCGCAUCAAUGAGAGCCUAGGGCAGCUGAAGACCCUCAUCCUGGACGCGCUGAAGAAGGAUAGCUCCCGGCAUUCCAAGCUGGAGAAAGCCGACAUUCUGGAGAUGACCGUCAAGCACCUGCGGAGCCUCCAGCGAGCCCAAAUGACUGCUGCCCUGAGCACAGACCCCACAGUACUGGGCAAGUACCGAGCCGGCUUCAGCGAGUGCAUGAACGAGGUGACGCGGUUCCUCUCCACCUGCGAGGGCGUCAACACUGAGGUGCGCACCCGGCUCCUGGGCCACCUGGCCAGCUGCAUGACCCAGAUCAACACCAUGAACUACCCUGCGCCCCCCCCGCCGCCCCCGUUGCCACCAGCCGCAGCCUUUGGGCCACCUCUGGUUCCUCCAGGCAGUGGCGUGGGGCCACUCCCGGGCAUGCCCUGCAAGCCGGGUGCCGAUGCAGCCAAGGUGUACGGUGGCUUCCAGCUGCUGCCAGCCUCUGAUGGGCAGUUUGCCUUCCUCAUCCCCAGCACUGCCUUUGCUCCUGGUGGAGCUGUGCUGCCUCUGUAUGGUGGCCCAGCCACUGCUGCCUCGCCGCCAGGCCCGCCACCUGGCACGGCUGACUCAGUCUGGAGACCCUGGUGAGGGUGGUGGGCACCGGACUGGACUUGGCACUGCACCCCGUGCUGCUGGCACGGCUGUAUAUAGAUUAUAUGUUCAUAUUGGA